CCCUGGAGGUGGGGAGAUCCAGAGGGCAGGAAGAGCCAGCCCCCAGCAGACCUGCUGCCUAUUUUGCAUGCGGGAUGGCCCUGAGGAAAGGAGGCCUGGCCCUGGUGGUGUUGCUGGUCUCCUGGGCAGCACUAGGCCCCCGGGGCCUGGAGGGAGUGGAGCAAGGAGCACCAGGGGACACCGAGGGCCUGCAGUGCCCGGUCGUCUGCACCUGCGGCCACGAUGACUUCACGGAGGAGCUCAGCGUCUUCUGCAGCUCCCGGAACCUCACACAGCUGCCUGACGGCAUCCCAGAUGGCACCAGGGCCCUGUGGCUGGAUGGCAAUAACUUUUCCUCUAUCGCUGAGGCAGCCUUCCAGAACUUCUCUGGCCUGGGCUUCCUCAAUCUGCAGGGCAGCGGGCUGGCCAGCCUGGAGUCAAAGGCGCUGCUGGGCCUAAAGAACCUGUACCACCUGCACCUGGAGCGGAACCAGCUGCGCAGCCUCGCAGCCGGCACCUUCCUGCACACACCAGGUCUCGCCUCCCUCGGCCUCAACAACAACCUCCUCAGCAGGGUGGAUGAGGGCCUCUUCCAAGGCCUAGCCAAUCUCUGGAACCUCAAUCUGGGCUGGAACAGCCUGGCUGUGCUUCCUGACACCGUGUUCCAGGGCCUGGCCAACCUGCGUGAGCUGGUACUCGCAGGCAACAAGCUGGCUUACCUGCAACCCCCACUCUUCUGCGGCCUCGGCGAGCUCCGAGAGCUGGACUUGAGCAGGAAUGCUUUGCGAAGCAUCAAGGCCAACAUCUUUGUCAAACUGCCCAAGCUCCAGAAGCUCUACCUGAACCACAACCUCAUUGCUGCUGUGGCCCCAGGCGCCUUCCUGGGCCUGAAAGCACUGCGCUGGCUGGACCUGUCACAUAACCGUGUAGGUGGCCUCCUGGAGGACACUUUCCCAGGCCUGCUGGGCCUACACGUCCUGCGCCUGUCACACAAUGCCAUCACCAGCCUGCGGCCUCGGACCUUCAAGGACCUGCACUUCCUGGAGGAGCUGCGGCUGGGCCACAACCGCCUCCGGCAGCUGCCAGACAAGGCCUUUGAGGGCUUGGGCCAGCUGGAGGUGCUCACACUCAACCACAACCAGAUCCAGGAGGUCAAGGCCGGGGCCUUCCUCGGCCUCUUGAAUGUGGCUGUCAUGAACCUCUCUGGCAACUGUCUACGGAACCUCCCAGUGAGAUUGUUCCAGGGCCUGGCCAAGCUGCACAGCCUGCACCUGGAGGGCAGCUGCCUGGGCCGCAUUCGCCAGCACACCUUCACUGGCCUCUCGGGGCUGCGCCGGCUCUUCCUCAAGGACAAUGGCAUCACAGCCAUUGAGGAGCAGAGCCUGUGGGGGCUCCCCGAGCUCCUGGAACUGGACCUCACUUCCAACCAGCUCACGCAGCUGCCUGGUCAGCUCUUCCAGGGCCUUGGCAAGCUGGAAUACCUGCUCCUGUCCCACAACCAGCUGUCGGCGCUGUCCGCAGAAGUCCUGAGGCCCCUGCAGCGUACCUUCUGGCUAGACAUCUCGUACAAUCAUCUGGAGGCCCUGCCGGAGAGCAUCCUCUCGCCACUGGGGCGGCUGCGCUACCUAAGCCUCAGAAACAACUCCCUGCGGACCUUCGUGCCACAGGCCCCUGGCCUGGAGCGCCUGUGGCUGGAGGGCAACCCCUGGCAUUGUGGCUGCCCUCUCCGGGCCCUGAGGGCCUUUGCCCUGCAACACCCCACGAUUGUACCCCGUUUUGUCCAGGCUGUCCCAGAGGGGGACGACUGCCAGCCACCUGUGUACACCUACAACAACGUCACCUGUGCCAGCCCGCCCAGCCUCUUGGGACUUGACCUACGCGAUGUUGGCGAGGACCACUUUGCUUCCUGCUGACCCAAGUCUUGUCCAGGCCAGAUGCCACCAUGGAGCCAGCACGAGCUCUCAACCAUCCCCAGAGCCUGGUGGGUGCCAGGUGCCCCACCCCUCAGCUCCCAGGGCCCACACUGCUCACUUGUUGGGGGUCUCUUCCUCAGGGAACACACAGGCCCAGGGGUUUCGCCGGCAUGGGCUCAGGACCCGUGGGUGCUGACCUGGUCCCUGAGGGGCCAGAUCAGGAGGGUUGGGGGCCCAACCCUCCCCAGCUGUCAUCCAUUAAAAGCAAUGUUAUAAA